AUGAGAAUUAAGAAGAAGAACACCAGAGGUAAUGCCAGAAACUUUAUCACCAGAUCUCAAGCUGUGAGAAAGUUGCAGGUUUCUCUUGCCGAUUUCAGAAGGUUAUGUAUAUUCAAAGGUAUCUAUCCAAGAGAACCAAGGAAUAAAAAGAAGGCAAACAAGGGUUCCACUGCACCAACUACUUUUUACUAUGCCAAGGAUAUUCAAUACCUAAUGCAUGAGCCCGUUCUAGCCAAAUUUAGAGAACACAAGACUUUUGCUAGAAAAUUAACAAGAGCCUUAGGUAGAGGUGAAGUUUCUUCUGCUAAAAGGUUAGAGGGAAACAGAGACACCUAUACUUUAGAUCACAUUAUCAAGGAACGUUAUCCAAGUUUCCCAGAUGCUCUUAGGGAUAUUGACGAUGCCUUGAAUAUGUUAUUUCUCUUUUCUAAUUUGCCCUCCACGAAUCAAGUUUCAUCGAAGAUUAUCGGUGAUACUCAGAAAAUUUGUAACCAAUGGUUAGCUUAUGUCGCCAAAGAACGUUUGAUUCGGAAGGUGUUCGUAUCCAUUAAAGGUGUCUACUAUCAAGCUAAUAUUAAAGGUGAAGAAGUUAGAUGGCUAGUUCCUUUCAAGUUCCCGGAAAAUAUUCCAAGUGAUGUCGACUUUAGGAUUAUGUUAACCUUCUUAGAAUUCUAUUCGACUCUAUUGCAUUUCGUUUUAUACAAACUAUACACUGAUAGUGGGUUGAUCUAUCCGCCAAAAUUGGAUCUUGAAAAGGAUAAAAUCAUAAGUGGUUUGUCAUCGUAUAUUCUAGAAUCUGGACAAGAAGAUAACCUAUUACAACUUGACCCAACUGACGUAAAGAAAGACGUGCAAAUUGAAAGCUUGGACGCAUCGACGUUAAAAUCAGCCUUGAACGCUGAUGAGGCAAACCGUGAAGAAACUAACGAAGAGGAACGAGAAGAAAGGGAACAAGAGCUAGAACAAGAGCUAGAACAAAACGAGGAAGCGGAACUAGAUAUUUUUGAAGACAAGAACAAGAAUAAGGGUGACGUCUUGGUACAACCAAGUAAAUAUGACUCCCCAGCUGCCUCUUUAUUUUCUAAUUUUUCUUUUUACGUUGGUAGAGAAGUUCCAAUAGAUAUUCUUGAAUUUUUAAUCCUAUCUUGUGGUGGUAAUAUCAUCAGUGAAGCCGCAUUGGAUCGAAUUGAGAACAAGAAAGAUAUCGACAUGUCUAAAAUCACUCACCAAAUUGUUGAUAGACCAGCAUUGAAAAAUAAGGUUGCUGGUAGAACAUACAUUCAACCUCAAUGGAUAUUUGAUUGUAUUAAUAAAGGUGAGUUGGUUCCUGCCAACAAGUAUCUUCCAGGUGAGGCACUUCCACCUCAUUUGAGUCCAUGGGGUGAUGCCCUCGGUUACGACCCAACCGCUCCUGUUGAAGAAGGUGAAGAAAGUGAAAGUGAAGCUGAAGCUGAAGUUGAAGUUGCAGAAGAUGAUCAAGAAGUUGUUCCUGAAGAAGAUGACGAAGAUGACGAAGAGUUACAAGCCCAAAAAGAACUGGAAUUGGAAGCACAAGGUGUGAAGUAUUCAGAGGCAGACGCCAGUAAAGAUGCUACCAAGCCAAAGAACAAAAAGAGAAAGAUCGAUGAAGAAGAAGAAGAAAAGAAAUUGAAGAUGAUUAUGAUGAGUAACAAGCAAAAGAAACUUUACAAAAAAAUGAAGUACUCUAAUGCUAAGAAGGAGGAACAAACUGAGAGCUUGAAAAAGAAAAAGAAGCAAAUUGCCAAACACAAAGCUAAAUUGGGUAAGUUGAAUUCUAAAAAAUAG